ACUCAGUACCAAACAGCAGACAGACACAAUAAGUGACUAGCUGGUGAACAUAGUGGAGCAUUUAGCAGUUUAAGAUAUGUGAGAAAACAGCUGCAAGAUUCAAUUCAGUUUUAUUAAUAUAGUGCCAAAUCAUAAUAGAAGUUAACUCAUGAGACUUUUCAUAUAGAACAGGUCUCGAUGAUACUCCUAUUAUCUACAGAGACCCAACAAUUCCCGCCAUGAGCAACCACUUGGUGAUGUUGGGAAGAAAAAACUUCUUUUAACAGGCAGAAACCUCAUCGACGGACAUCUGCCAUGACCAGCUGAGACAUAGAGGAAGUUUAGAGAAGCAGAGGGGGAGGAGAGCCUAGGAUGCACUGCAGCAAUAGUAAUAAUAAUGAUAACUAUAACUAUUAUUUCAAUGGAAAUAUGACUAAUAGUGGCAAUAAUGAUGAUAGAAUUUGUAGUGGAUGUUAAACAGGACCACAGCAGCACAAUCACAAUCCCUGAUCUUGGCGUAGCCAGUAUUCACAGGGACUUUCAAGAUGAGUAACAUGCAUUAACGGGACGUGAAUGUGUACAGAUGGAGAGCAAGAGGAGAAGAGAAGAGCUCAGUGCAUCAUUGGAAGUCCUCCGGCACUUGAGGCCUAUAGCAGCAUAACUAAGAUUCCUUUGGUCUGACCGUGUGCACAUUUUGUGCAAAGAGAGUCGUCGAGUAAAGAUGGUGCGAACUGUUCUGUUCCUGCUUCUGCUCAACACCUCGGCCUGCUGUGGUUUUGGCUUUAAAGGCUGCUCUCAGAACUUCCCUCCAACGGACAUCAUGUGGUGCUUCAACAGGAACAUCGCUAACCUCACUGAUGUCGUAAGCAUGUUCCCAGAUAACCUAACAGCAAUCAACCUGUCCAAGAACAGGAUUCAAGUUGUCCCACCUGGAUCAUUCAGUCGGUUACCUGAACUAAAAAACCUGGACUUAAGCCAGAACCAGUUGGUCUUUCUAAAAGGAGGAGAAUUCAGAGGUCUGCAUGUCCUGGGUUUUCUGAACCUAACAUGCAACAACAUCUCACACAUUCUCUCCAAUGCUUUUGAUGGACUCAUUGGUCUACAAACCCUGCUUCUGAACAAUAACAAGCUUCAAACAUUCUCUCCAGAUAUACUUAACUCCCUCCCAGCGAUUAAAGCAGUCAAUCUAUCUCUGAACAGGCUCAAAGCUUUCAGCUGUGGAGAGUCUGGUGGAUCCUCCACUCUCACAGACCUUGACCUUUUAGCAAACGACAUCCAGAGAAUUAAUGUGAGCUGUUUCCCUGCCCUUGAGUACAUCCGGCUGUCCAAUAACUCAAAGUUCAACCUGCAGGAAGAUGCUUUUGCCUCCAACCCCAGGCUGAAGAGUCUGCUUUGUCAGGGAGUUAAAGCAGAAAUGCUGCUGGAACUCUCUGCGGAGACAAAGAAGAAUCUCUUGAGAGUGGCAUUUUCUCUGUUUGUGGAGAAAUCUCCAUUUACUAUCUGUGACCUGCUAAAAGGAAUGGACCACCUUGAGAGAAUAGAGGUUGACUUGAAAGGAUCUAAGUUACCUCAGACUAACACCAGCCUGCUGAACUGUGCUACACCACCCAUGGUUAUUAUCAUGGAUGCAAACCUUGGGAAUGUUGCCCAGUUGUCACUAGGGGGUAAUACCAGCAAACUUUAUCUCAACAACUGUGGUUUGAAGCAGAUAUCUCAUACUACAUUUGAUUACCAUGGAUUAGUAACUCUGCAGAUGAAUGAAAAUAAGGUCAUCAUUCAGCAGGACACAUUCAAAAACCUGAACAACCUCAGCUUUUUAGGCCUUGACAAGAACAAACUUCGUGAAAUUGACCCUAACUGGUUCAUCCCUUUGAAGAAGCUGACUCGCAUGAGUCUCAUGAAAAAUGAAAUCACUGAGUUGACACCAAAGGCAUUUAGUGCCCUUACCCUACUUGAGGAGCUCUAUCUGCAGUUCAAUCUACUGAAAUACAUCACCAAGAAGCCCUUUAGUAGGCUGCAGAAGCUAAGGAAGCUCAACCUCAGUUUAAACAUCAUUGAUUUCAUUGAAGAAGGCACCUUUGAAGACCUGAAAAGGCUCAGUUACCUGGAUUUAAGUGGGAACCGCAUCAAGAGGCUGACACCAGCUAUUCUGUCUGGCCUGGUCAAUUUGAAGCAGUUUGUCCUGUACAACAACCGCCUUCAUUUUAAAUCCUAUGAAAGUCCUUUCAUCAAUCUUACUUCUCUGGAGUAUGUGGAGAUGAACUACCAGGGGCCUGGAGGUAGUGGCAUUGGUACAAUUGGGCCGAGGUUCUUCCAGAGUCAACGUCGACUUACUGCAAUUGCCAUUGGGCACACCAUCAUACUCAACUUCCAUCCUGAUGCCUUUGUUCCUCUGGUCAAUUUGAAAAGUCUGUACAUAGCUGGAGUGGAUAUGAAAACUACUAACCUGAGUGCAUUGUUUUCCCCUCUGAAGAAGCUAAAGAAACUAAUUCUUUACCGGACAGACCUUGAUGACCUGCCUGCUAACCUAAUGCCUCCGGAUAAUACAUUGGAAAUUCUCAAAGUCACAUCUAACCACAUCCACACUGUGGACAAAGCAAUGUUGGAUCCGUUUCCCAGAUUGCGUGCUUUGGACAUUACAGAAAACCCACUUACCUGUACCUGUGAUAAUGCCUGGUUCAAGACAUGGGCCAUCCACAACACUCAGACACAGGUGGCCUAUCUGUACAACAUGCAGUGUGACAAUGACCAGAGAUUUCCCUACCUGUGGCAGUUUGAUGAUAAGGCCUGCUCAUUUGAAGUGGCUUCAUUCACUCUCUUCAUCACCUGCUCUGUGCUGGAUGUGCUGUUUAUGUGUGUGUGUGUGCUCUGGCACACACAGGGCCCUGCUAUACGAUACCUGAUGCUCAUCCUCAGGGCAAAACUACGUGGACGUAGAGGAGGAGCAGAGCAGGCCAGAUUCCAAUAUGAUGCAUUUGUCUCCUACAGCUCAAAGGAUGAGGCCUGGGUGAUGGAACAGCUGGUGCCCAACCUAGAGAAGCCAGCAGCUGGUGCACCAAGGCUCAGACUGUGCCUCCACCACAGAGACUUCCGCCCAGGUGCUGCUGUUCUGGAGAACAUCGAGGCAGCCAUUUACAACUCUCGCCACACCAUCUGUGUGGUGACACGUCACUUUCUACAAAGUGAGUGGUGCUCUGUGGAGUUUCAGCUGGCCAGUCUGAGGCUUUUAUUCGAUGGCAGUGAUGUCCUGCUGCUGGUGUUCCUGGAGGAGAUACCUGAACACUGUCUGUCUCCAUACACACGCUUACGCAAGAUCAUACGUAAGAAGACCUACCUGCUGUGGCCUGAGGAACCUCAAGAGGAGGAUGCUUUCUGGGUCAGACUGAUAGAUGCUUUAAAAGAUAAUAGGGAGGAAGAGGAGGAGGAUGGAGGAAGAGAAGAUGAGCUGGCACGGUUAAUUGGCUAGAUCAAAUGCUAACUACAGUAUUUCAAAAUGCUCAUAAUUAUCUUUUUUCACAGCCUGUAAUGUGUAGCCUUUUAAUUAACAUGCUGUAAUAAUUUGAUAACUAAAUAAAACAAACCCAACAAAAUACGUGAUGUCAAAUUGUUGUAUUAAAAUGUAGUUACUGAACUCGCCUAACUCUUUGUAGACUUUAUAUGUUAAACAUUUGCCAUCAUUGCUGCAUAAUAAAAAUUGCUCUCACAACA